AUGCCGUUGCUGGACUCGCCACUGCUUUACCCAGCACCGAAGGUCCAGUGGUACACACCGACGCCGCGCAAGCCAAGCCACGAGAAUCCCCUCGGCAUCGUCUUCCCGGAGGAUGCAGAGAGGGAGACCAUAGUGAGUGGAGCCCAACGUGUGAGGGAAGGAUCCUCUCAAGAAGACGUACUGAUCGUCAAGAUCGAUGGCGCACUGGAUUUGCUGCCGUCUGACAACUUUGGGCCGCACUACUAUUGCGCUACCGCAUACUACCCAGGUGAAGGUAGUGCACAGAUACAUGCAAGGAAGACCGAAUUCGCGGUCGGGAAGGCGAAUCCCGCGCAUCCUGACCUUGACAAUUGCAUGCUGCAGAAGACUGUCUUGGUACCGUACAAUCGGAAGCAACAGCUCCUCAUGGUGGAGAUCCACGAAGUGGAUCCCGAAGAUUCAGAGGUGGAGGACUCCUUGAUCGGCCAGGCAACACUACCACUGGCAGAUCCAAAGAUCGAGUCCUCGACAAACUGGCCGCUGUUUCGUGGCUUCGAAUCCAGCGGCUCAUUGACGCUGCAAGUCAACAUCCCCCAAGGGAAUUCUGCGAGCCCGAAAACGCUCGAUUCUGCGACACCGUCCGUUUGCAAGCGCUCCAGGCGGAGCAAUACUCCUCCAAAGGGAUUUCCGGAGCCCGUGUCUCCACUUAGCCAGACAGCACCAUACAGGUGCAAGCGCUCCGAGCGCAGCGAUACUCCUCCGGAGGGAUUUCCGGAGCCCGUUUCACCAUCCAGAGUGGCGCACCCAACCCUGCUGGAGAGUCUGCGCCAUGGACAGCAGACCCCUGAGGAGAAGAAGUGCAAAGCAUUCGACAAGGAGUGGACACAGGACAUUGGCUCCUCCAAGAUCUUCACGGGCUGCACGCCUUGCGAUGUGUUUCUGGAGUCCAUGCGCAAGGGACCAGACUUGAUGGAACACUCGCCAUUGCUGAAGUCCCUGAUGAGUGGCGUGGAUCCCCCUGCCCAUGUGAACAUCCGUCUCCCCACCCAGGCCGGAGGCAACCUUCAAUCGUGCAUCAGGCCAGACCAGGCACAGACGGCGUCAGCUGUCUCAGGCAAUGUGCAACGCACACCUGCGAGCUAUGUUCCAGAAAGGCUACACCAGAGCCAUGCGCCGCCCCGCACAAGCUAUAAUCCAGUCCCCAUGCAGCAAUCGCUGCUUAGCACAUCCAACCCAUCCCAGACUCUGCAGUACCGGCAGGCGAGCUACAUGCCGCAACUUGUGUAUGACAUAGAAGUCCCUUUUGUGAGAUACGACUCUCCGAGCUUUUCAUCCAGCAUGCCGUUGCUGGACUCGCCAGUGCUAUACCCAGCACCGAAGGUCCAGUGGUACACACCGACGCCGCGCAAGCCGAGCCACGAGAAUCCCCUCGGCAUCGUCUUCCCGGAGGAUGCAGAGAAGGAGACCAUGGUGACUGGAGCGCAGCGUGUGAGUCAAGGAUCCCCUCCAGAAGACGUAAUGAUCGUCAAGAUCGAUGGCGCACUGGAUUUGCUGCCGUCUGACAACUUUGGGCCGCACUACUACUGCGCUACAGCAUAUUACCCAGGCGAGGGUAAUGCACAGGUACAUGCGAGAAAGACCGAAUUCGCGGUCGGGAAGGCGAAUCCCGCGCAUCCUGACCUUGACAAUUGCAUGCUGCAGAAGACUGUUGUGGUACCCUACAAUCGGAAGCAACAGCUCCUGAUGGUGGGGAUCCACGAAGUGGAUCCCGAAGAUUCAGAGGUGGAGGACUCCUUGAUCGGCCAGGCAACACUACCACUGGCAGAUCCAAAGAUCGAGUCCUCGACAAACUGGCCGCUGUUUCGUGGCUUCGAAUGCAGCGGCUCAUUGACGGUGCAAGUCAACAUCCCCCAAGUGAAUUCUGCGAGCCCGAAAACGCUUGAUUGUGCGACACCAUCCGUUUGCAAGCGCUCCAAUCGGAGCAAUACUCCUCCAAAGGGAUUUCCGGAGCCCGCGUCUCCACUCAGCCGGACAGCACCAUACAUGCGCAAGCGCUCCGAUCGCAGCGACACUCCUCCGGAGGGAUUUCCAGAGCCCAUUUCACCAUCCAGGAGGGCGCACCCAACCCUCCUGGAGAGCUUGCGCCAUGUAACACAGACAUCCGAGGAAAAGAAAUGCAAAGCAUUCGAUGAGGAUACGCAGACAAAGGACAUUGGCUCCUCCAAAAUCUUCACUGGCUGCGCACCUUGCGAUGUGUUUCUGGAGUCCAUGCGCAAGGGACCAGAUUUGUUAGAGCACUCGCCAUUGCUCAAGUCCCUGAUGAGUGGCGUGGAUCCCCUUGUCGAUCCAGACAUCCGUCUCCCCACCCAGGCCGGAGGCAACCACCUUCGAUCGUGCAUCAGGGCAGACCAGGCUCAGCCGGCGUCAGCCAUUUCAGGCAAUGUGCAACGCACACCUGCGAGCUGCAUGCCAGCAAGGCCACACCAGAGCCACGUGCCGCCCCGCACAAGCUACAAUCCAGUCCCCCUGCAGCCCCUGCAGCAGCCGCUGCUUGGCACAUCCAACCCACCCCAGACUCUGCAGUACCGGCAGGCGAGCUACAUGCCGCAAUUUGCGGGCUAUAGCACGGUUGGCAUCUUGCCUGUGCCUCGCCCCAUUGUCGUCCGAACGUACCAGGCGCCGGACGAAGCCCUGAAGAGGCGAUCUGCGUUGAGCGCGGGGUGGCUGAUCAAGAGGUACUUGAGAUGGACCACCUUGGUCGGGGCCUUUGCUACGCACAUGAGAAGGGUGUAUGGCAUAGAAAUCCCUUUUGUGAGAUACGACUCUCCGAGCUUUUCAUCCAGCAUGCCGUUGCUGGACUCGCCAGUGCUAUACCCAGCACCGAAGGUCCAGUGGUACACACCAACGCCACGGAAGCCCAGCCAUGAGAAUCCCUUCGGCAUCGUCUUCCCGGAGGAUGCAGAGAAGGAGACCAUGGUGACUGGAGCCCACCACGUGAGGGAAGAAGCCCCUCCGGAACACCUGAUGGUGGUCAAGAUCGAUGGCGCACUGGAUUUGCUGCCGUCAGACAACUUUGGGCCGCACUUCUAUUGUGCCACAGCGUACUACCCAGGUGAGAGUAGCGCAGAGAUAAACUAUCUGUGCAUUACCCUCGCCUGGGUAGUAUGCUGUGGCGCAGUGGCGCUGCAAGUCCACAUCCCCCAAGGGAAUUCUGCGAGCCCGAAAGCGCUCGAUUCUGCGACACCGUCCGUUUGCAAGCGCUCCAGGCGGAGCAAUACUCCUCCAAAGGGAUUUCCGGAGCCCGUGUCUCCACUUAGCCAGACAGCACCAUACAGGUGCAAGCGCUCCCAGCGCAGCGAUACUCUUCCGGAGGGAUUUCCAGAGCCCGUUUCACCAUUCAGCGUGGCGCACCCAAUUUUUCUGGAGACUCUGCGUCAUGGACAACAGACACCGGAGGUGAUUUGCGUCGAGCACGAGGUGACUGAUCAAGAGGACGUCUUAAAGCCGGUACUUGAGAUCGACCACCUUGGUGGGGGCCUUUGCUACACAGGUGAUUUGCAUUUGGUGCUACUGUGCCUCACCCGCGGAAGCCAUUCCAUAAAGCGCUUUGAGAACCCCACCUGUGCUUUGCAGACUGUCCAGUGGUACACACCGACGCCGCGCAAGCCGAGCCACGAGAAUCCGCUCGGCAUCGUCUUCCCGGAGGAUGCAGAGAAGGAGACCAAGGCGCGUAGAGCCCAACGUGUGAGGGAAGGAUCCUCUCCAGAAGACGUGAUGCUCGUCAAGAUCGAUGGCGCACUGGAUUUGCUGCCGUCUGACAACUUUGGGCCGCACUACUAUUGCGCUACGGCGUAUUACCCAGGAGAGGGUAAUGAACAGAUACAUGCGAGAAAGACCGAAUUCGCGGUCGGGAAGGCGAAUCCCGCGCAUCCUGACCUUGACAAUUGCAUGUUGCAGAAGACUGUUGUGGUACCGUACAAUCGGAAGCAACAGCUCCUGAUGGUGGAGAUCCACGAAGUGGAUCCCGAAGAUUCAGAGGUGGAGGACUCCUUGAUCGGCCAGGCAACACUACCACUGGCAGAUCCAAAGAUCGAGUCCUCGACAAACUGGCCGCUGUUUCGUGGCUUCGAAUCCAGCGGCUCAUUGGCGGUGCAAGUCCACAUCCCUCAGGUGAAUUCUGCGAGCCCGAAAAUGCUCGAUUGUGCGACACCAUCCGUUUGCAAGCGCUCCAGGCGGAGCAAUACUCCUCCAAAGGGAUUUCCAGAGCCUGUGUCUCCACUCAGCCGGACAGCACCAUACAUGCGCAAGCGCUCCGAGCGCAGCGACACUCCUCCGGAGGGAUUUCCAGAGCCCCUUUCACCAUCCAGAGUGGCGCACCCAACCCUCCUGGAGAGCGGGCGCCAUGGAAAACAGACACCCGAUGAGAAGAAGUGCAAAGCAUUCGAUGAGGAUAUGCGGACAAAGGGCAUUGGCUCCUCCAAGAUCUUCACUGGCUGCGCAUCUUGCGAUGUGUUUCUGGAGUCCAUGCGCAAGGGACCAGAUUUGUUACAGCACUCGCCAUUGCUCAAGUCCCUGAUGAGUGGCGUGGAUCCCCUUGCCGACGUGGACAUCUGUCGCCCCACCCAGGCCGGAGGCAACCAGCUCCAAUCGUGCAUCAGGCCAGACCAGGCACAGACGGCGUCAGCUGUCUCAGGCAAUGUGCAACGCACACCUGCGAGCUACGUGCCAGCAAGGCCACACCAGAGCCACGCGCCGCCCUGCACAAGCUAUAAUCCAGUCCCCAUGCAGCAAUCGCUGCUUGGCACAUCCAACCCACCCCAGACUCUGCAGUACCGGCAGGCGAGCUACAUGCCGCAAGUUGUGGGCUAUAGCAUAAGUGCAAACCAGACUUCAACAUACCAUGUGCAGCACCGGCAGGCGAACUACAUGCCGCAAGCUGCAGGCGAUGUUCACGCUGCCGACAGCCAUGCGAAGCUGCAAACCAUACACUAUGCAGCAAUCGUGCGCUGGCACAGCCAGGCCAACACAGACGUUGGCAUCUUGCCUGUGCCUCACCCUUUUGCCAUCACAGCGUACCAGGCGCCGGUGUUUGCAGGUCGUUCACCUCUUACGUCUGGUUGUGCUCAGUGCUUGGAGGUCAUAAACAAGUAA